CUAGAGGGAAGAAAAAAUUAUCGCUCCAAGUUAUAAGACACUCUGAUGUAAAGUCAACAGCUGUUAACUUCCUACAAGCAUUUAAUUUCGGUGUCGAUCGGUCAAGGAACAAUUUCAACCAGUACUUGCAUUUUGAGAGUAUCUGGCAGGAUACCUUAGCUUUCUACUUUGGAAAGCCGUGAUUCCUGGCCUGGGUGUUCGACAAGCAAAUGAGCAUACUGCCUAAUGUUUAUUUGAUCACUAAACACAAAUAAUUCAAGAGUUUAAUUCUUGGGUACCGUUGCGUUUUCAAGUGAAGGAGAUGAACAGUUUAGUAGAGGAAAGCGUGGCGACGCCAACCUCGUUGUUGAAUUUUGUCAGCAAUGCAACAAGCACGCUGAAAUUCGCUUUGGAUAAACCGAUAAAGCCGAAGAGGAAGGUUAACCACCGAAAAUAUCUUCAACGCCAGCUCAACGGAAGGUCAUCUUCGGCAACAACGUCAUCAUUCGACGGUUCUUGGAUAAGUCAAGGAGAGAUGCUAUUUGAUCACGUUUUAAAAAGUGGGCAACGAGGAAGCCCUAGCGCUGUCGUUCGAGCUGAGAAAUCAACAGCAAUUUCCCGGGAAAACCAUUCGGAGAAAAUUCAAUCUUUAGGAGAGAGGAAACGUGCUCAAGGAAAAGAAGAAAAGAGUUGGAGAAUUGCAAGAAGCCAGCAAAUAAACGAUUGUAAGUCUUCUGAAGCACCUUCCUCUCAGCCUUCACAGCCGCUGAGAAAGCGAAAACUUCCCGAGUCUUUCUGGACCGAGCCGUCACCUAAAGCUUCGCGUAAAUCUCUGCAAGCGACUCGGCAGUCUAACACAAAUUUGGCGACAAAUGAAUUACAACGCUCAGAGCUUGAAAUCUUGGAUUGGCUUCGUCCUGAACUAGACGACUUUAUCGAACGUUGGUCAGAGGAGAGCGAAUGCGCGUCGAAUAACUCGAGUCGACCUGACAGUUUAUCAGAUAGUCCAUCCACUCUCGAUCCUCAUUCGCCAUAUUCCGACGAAUCGGAAAAUGUCGGAUCAAUGGACGAAUUUUUUGAGCAACGAGUGCCUUUUUCCUUCGAUUCUUCAACGAAAAAUGGCGAAUAUACAACUAACAUCCCUUCGAUAAGGAACUUAUCGAACACUAACUUGAAUUUUGCGGAUAACCGAACAUACAGUGUGCCGCAAAAUUAUGUUCAGAGGCAAAUGAGCCAUUCUGUUUCCUGUUACGGUGGACACUACGGCUUUUCUGCAAAUAAAUGGAACGCAAAUCCAGUUCAGCCGAACUAUUUCGAAACUGGAUACAAUAUUUUAUCUUGAAGGAUAGUCACGCGGCGCAAACGAGAAACCAAUUUAAUUUCAAUAAAACGUAGACAAUUUCUCCGGUCCGGCGGCACUUUAAAUCUCUUUUACUAAUUUAUAAGUUAUUACGAAAGACAGCAGGUAAUAUAAAAGUUGCCCAAAGGUUUCAAACGUAGCUUUUUGGUUGUCAAAUUCUGACUGUUUGCAUCACAGAAAGCUUGUCAACUGUCAAAUCAUUGACGCCUCGAAACUUCUGUAUUUACGAAUUACAUGUAAAACAGUCUAACUUAGAUUUUUUUAAGAUGAGCUAUCAAAUGCUCCACUGACUUAAAAGAUUGAAAUUUUAGCCGGUUAGAUACGGUG